AUGAGAAUCUCUGGAAUUCUUGAUGGAGGUUGGAGUCAGUGGAGUUCUUAUGGGGGUUGCUCAGCGACUUGCGGUGAAGGGGUUCAGGAAAGGAUAAGGUCGUGUAACAAUCCAACACCCCUAAAUGGCGGAUUUAUAUGCGCAGGCAGUAACAUAUAUCGUAGAAUAUGUAACGAAAGGACAUGCCCAAUUGAUGGAAGUUGGAGUUUGUGGAUUCCUGAUGGACGUUGUUCAGUGACUUGCGAGAAGGGAAUUCAGAACAAGAAAAGGUUGUGUAACAAUCCAACACCCCACUUUGGUGGAUCGGCAUGCGCAGGCAGAAACGAAACUGUUGGAUUCUGUAACGAAGGGCCAUGCCCAAUUGAUGGAAGUUGGAGUUUGUGGAUUUCUGAUGGACCUUGUUCAGCGACUUGCGGGGAGGGGGUUCAGGCCAAGAAAAGGUUGUGCAACAAUCCAACACCCCAAUAUGGUGGAUCGGCAUGCGCAGGCAGUAACAAAGAUGUUGGAUUCUGUAAGGAAAGGCCAUGCCCAAAAACAUGGAACGAUAGCUGUUUGAUGAAUUCCGACUGCACUGAUCACCUGGUAUGUAACGACAGGUAUAAUACCUGUGAUUGUAUGCGUGUAACGGACGUUUGGGAUCCAGUUCAUAUGAUAUGCCUAUCAAGUUUGGAGUUCCUUGCGAUAUAUUCACCAGAGAGACUAGACUUCGCCUCCGCUACCAAGAACUGCACUAACAAUAUGACAGGCUUCCUGGCUACUCGCGACUUCAUGAAUAACAUGUUCCUCACAUGCAUGGACACUAACCAUGAUAUAUGGCUGGCCAACACCAUAGAAACAACGAGUACAAACGAUGGAGGUAUCAAUUUUUAUGAUGUUCUAAAUAAACUUUCCAAGGGCGGUAAAACUAGCGGUUCCAUAAAUACUGAACUAGAAGUUAGAUACAACAACACUGCUACUCCGGUCGCCGACCAGGAAGACCCUGAUCACCUGUCACAUGGGAAGGCUGGUCCAGCGAUAGAAACCGAUCACUAUGGUUACGGAAUUCUGGGUAAAACUUCAGGGGCUGAGAGGAAUCCCGUAGGAAUUGAUGACGACGAUUUUUACUCUCACACAAACACAAAUCAACCAUUCGGUAGUGAAUACGAUGUCUUUGAGAGGAAAAAAGAAAAUAGGGACGAGUCGGGGAUCUACGAUCACACUAAACCUGGGAUGGAAGAAGGACAAUAUGACGAAUUCCAAGAUCCAAAAUCGUCGUGUGUGUACAACGACGAUUUUAUCUACAAUACAGACACCGAUGAGUUACCCUAA